AUUAUUUUGUGAUUGGAUUUUCAAUGCGAUGUACUAAAUGAAUUUUAACGUUUAAAAGGUAAAAUUACUAAAUAGUAUUUAAAGGCCUCUUCACAAUCCAAGUGACAUACAAACAAGUUUUUGCUAGGCCUUGAACCUAGUGCCUCGAAACAAGCUUUCACCGUCAAGUUUUCAUUAGUGGGCUUGUUUUGUAUAUUAAGACAGCCACAAUGUCUAAGCCUGUCCCACGUGACAAGAAAUCCGCAAGAAAGGCCAGCAUGUCGUGCAGUGUUCUAAACGGCUCAGAUGAGGCAGAUCGACACAUGGGGUUAAUGGAAGAGCUAGUGAAUCAAGCUAUUAAACAGUUACGUCCAGAGUUUCAGAAGUUGGCGAUGGAAGCAGCUGAAAGCGUUCUAGACGCUAACUUGAUCCGGGUCAAGCAAUUGGAAGAAGAGGUUGCGGUCAAAGAAAGCCAACUGACGCUUCUUGAAAACGAAAAGAAACGUCUUCAAAAAGAAUUGGAAGAAACGAAAUUAUCCAAACACGAAGUACAGGCUAAGAUUAAAGGUGUAGAAGAUCAAAUACACGCACUAGAAGGUCAAAUUGGUGGACUGAGGUCACAACUGAAACAGACAGAAGAAGCGCUUCGUAGAGAAAGAGCAAAAGCCGCGGAUGCGGAGUGCAAGAAACAUGAAGACAGUGAGAGACUUAGAAAAGAGAGUGAACAGAUAAAGAAAAAAAUGAAUGAAAUGAAGGCUCAUAUUGGCAGGAAAAUUGCUGUGAAAAAUGUGAAUGAAAGACUAGCAAAAGAUCGGGAGAAACAGUUAAUGGAGGAAAACGAAGAGUUGAAACGAGAACUUGAGAAGUUGAAGAAGGAAAAGACAACUGGUCGAAGACUGAGCAAUGCGAAAUGAAGCUUCUGAUUUGUUUCUGAAAUUUAAAGGAUCGAGACCAGAUAUUGUGUUUUAAAGUUUUCAAAAUCAUGUGUAUUUAAUGCCGUGUAUUGCUUAAUAAUAUACUACUAGUCCAAGGCUGAACUAUUUGUUGAUACUUAGGCGAUAUGAUAAAGCAAUUAACCACUUCAUACCUAUAUGUACAAGCAUAUGGCAGUUCCUAGCAAGAACAUCCAGAGUAUCGGUGAACCAAUCACUUAAAGCAUAUGUUCGGUUAAUGAUCAUAUAUUAAUGGCUUCAAAUGUACAUUGUAUUUACAAUAUAUGCAAGGUGUUGCUGAAAGACAAUGACGAGGCAUUUAAACAACAACAACAACAACAAUAACAACAACAUGAUUUCGUCAGCUCCGACGAGACUUGAUAUUCACAGGGUUCUUGA